UGGCCAUUGACACCGUCAAUCUAAAGUGGUAACGUUUGGGGAAGUGCAGCAGCGCUGGCUAAUGUUAUAAUAUCGACUCAGGCAGACUGGCUUAUCAUCAGUGUGCUGUAAUAAAUGUUAAACCUAUCAUGCAGACAAGACUGACAUAAAUCAGGAGUCAGAGUGCUGGGUCCCUAUGGCUGUGUAUGAUGAAAAUAUUCUGAAGAAUCCAUUUUAUCUGUCACUGGAGAAGCAAAGACCAGACCUCUGCGACCGAGUGGCAGAAGUACAUGGCAUUGUCCUGGUUCCAUGUUGUGGAAGUUUAUCAGCUAGUUCGUACACCACAGCACAGUUUGAGAGCUAUGUCCUCUUACCUGCAGAACAAGGCUUCCAGACAGCCGAUGGAAAGGAGGUGUCAAUAGAAAAUAACCAGGUGCAUUUGGUGGCCGGCUUUGUGAAUCCUGCUUCAAUCCCCAUUCUGUUCGAGGAGACGUUCUACAAUGAGAAGGAGCAGGCAUACAGCAUCCUGUGUAUCACUCGACCCGUCGACUCGGAGCUGAGCACAGUUGAGCCGAGUCCUGCCCCUACACACUACUGCCUGAAGAAUGCGGAGGAGGCAAAAGACGUCCUGGGCCGCCAUGCUGAGAAACUGGAUAAAUUCAUUGCUGCAUUCUGCAACUCCUUCAAAGAGCAGGAAAGGAAGGGUCUGCGCCAUCACAUAGAUGCUCUACAUGCUCUCUAUACAAAAUGUCUCCAGUGCUUGCUGAGAGAUUCGCGCCUGAAGGUGCUGACCAAGCAGGAGCUUCAGAUGACUGUCCUCAAACAAGCAGUGGAGAUGUACAUACACAAUGGUAUCCAUGAUCUCCUCUUUAGUUAUGUGGGAAAUCUCGAAGCAACUCAGGAUGCUGCGUUCAAUAAAACGACAAGAGGACUGCAGGAGCUGCAACAGAAAGAUCUCGGAGUGAAGUCCGAAUUCAGUAUAAAUAUUCCUCGUGCCAAGAGGGAAUUAAGUCAGCUUAACCGCUGCAGCUCUCCUCAGCAGAAGCUGCUCUGCCUCAGGAAGGUUGCCUUCACCAUCAUGCAGUCUCCCAGCCGCAAAGUUAACCUGGAGGCAGUGUGUGCAGAUGACCUCCUUUCAGUUAUCCUGUAUCUGCUGGUGAAAACCGAGAUUCCUAAUUGGAUGGCAAAUCUGAGUUACAUUAAAAACUUUCAUUUCUGCAAUUCUACAAAGGAUGACCUGAGUUACUGUCUGACGUCUUUUGAGGCAGCUGUGGAGUACAUAAGCCAAGGCAACCUUAGUCAAGGGUCGACGGGCUCAGGAGAGCUGAAUGACAAACUGUUCUUCAGGCAAAAGAUGAAUCUGCUUUCUCAGAGUUCAUCUACACCGAUAGAUUGUUUGUUUGAGCAUAUUGCAAAUGGGAACAAGGCAGAGGUCCAACGCUUGCUAAGUGAAGGCGAGAGUGAGGAGGACAGGAGACAGAUGUGUCAUCCACUGUGUUCCUGUGAUGCAUGUGACCAGCAUUUGUCAGGGAGAUUAAACGACCCAUCUAUAGUGACUCCAUGUUCCCGGGAUGACCGAGGCUACACUCCUCUUCAUGUUGCUGCUAUAUGCGGUCAGUCACUACUAAUUGACCUGUUGGUCUCAAAGGGGGCUGCGGUGAAUGCCACAGACUACCACGGUCUCACAGCUCUACACCUCUCCUGCCAGAAAGGCUAUCAGAGUGUCACUUUGCUGCUGUUGCACUAUCAAGCAAACACAGAUGCUCAGGACAACAAUGGGAACACUCCUCUCCACCUGGCUUGUAUGUAUGGCCACGAGGAUUGUGUAAAGGCACUUGUUUACUACGACCUGCACACAUGCCGGCUUAAUGUGCAGAAUGAUAAGGGGGACACGGCUCUCCACAUUGCGGCUCGUUGGGGUUACGAAGGCAUCAUGGAGGUGCUGCUGGAGAACGGUGCCUCGACUCUCCUCCAUAACAAGGCCAAUCAGAGCCCACUGCACUGUGCACUCAACUCCAGGGUUCUGUCCUUGCUGGAGCGUACCUAUGACCAUUCCAGUAAAGAGGCUCCCUGCCAUUCUCCGCAGCCAGCUGACAGCAGCAGCAGCAGACGUACCUCUGUGUCCAGUACGUCCUCAGUCAUCUCUGUGGAGGCCAAUUCUGAGAGCGAGCGCACUCGCCUAAAGGAGGUGGAGAAGUUACUGCGGGCAGUGGCAGAUGGAGAUGUGGAAAUGGUGCGCUACCUGUUGGAGUGGUUAGAUGAAGAGCCCGAGGAUGAUGAGAAGGCUGAAUUGCCUGAAAAGGCAGAACUGUGCCACCCUCUGUGCCAGUGUUCAAAGUGUGAACCUACACAAAAGAAGUUGUGCAUCCUGCAGCCGGACAGGUUGGGAGUGAACAGUAGCAGUGCAGAUGGUUUCACGCCGCUGCACGUGGCAGCACUGCAUGGACACACGGUACUCGUUUCUUUACUCAUCCGCCAUGGAGCCAACAUCAACGCCUGUAACAGCCAGAACGCCACUCCACUCCAUCUGGCCUGCCAGAAUAGCCACACACAGGUGAUGAGCUUUCUGGUGGAGUGCAAUGCCAAGUUAAAUAAGAAGGAUUAUUUUGGAAACACUCCCCUGAUCCAAGCCUGUUUAAAGGGACAUGAGGAGACCGUAUCAGUGCUAAUACAGAGUGGUGCUUCAUUGAACCUGGCCAACAAUCAGGGUAACACGGCUCUACACGAGGCAGUGAGAGGAGGACACCAGACUCUGGUGGAACUGCUGCUACAGGCUGGGGCUAUUACACACCUCAGGAACAAGAGACAGCGCACUGCACUGGACUGUGCUCAGGAAUCUAACACAGCAAUUCUUAGGAUUCUACAGAAAGCCUGUGCAUCCAGUCUUGAAGCUGAUUCCGUCAGACAGUUCUUCAUAGCCCAAAGACAUCAAGGAAAAACACUUUCUGUUGUCCAACACAAGAGUCCUGAUUUGCAAAGAAUACAACAGAUGACUAAAUCACAAGACGGUGCCAUCCUUCUCUCCGCCGACUCUCCAAAUAUGGGUUCAGAUGACCUGAAUAAUAGAAGGCGACUCCGGCGAGGAGAGACUGUUGACGGCUGUGACCUCUUCAUCAGUAUGUCUGAAAAUUCUCACUCCUUCAGCCAGGCCACAGGCUUAAACCGCAGUCACACCAUACACCAGGACCUGACCCCCAGCUCCCAUGGAGACCUGGAGCACACACAAUGUAGCUCUGUUGCAGACAACAUGGCUGACACUGGAGCAAAUGAGCACUCUACUAACCUGUCACCUGAACCUGAGCAGGUUAUUGGAAAGGCCAAUGAGAACAUGCAGGCCAGCUUAGAGGAGGAGGAGAAGGAUGAGGAGGUGGAGAAGGAGUUGGAAGAGAAUGAGGAGGAUCAGAACAAGGGCAAAAACGUGCAUUGGGAUUCCACAGAGAUGGAAAAUAUCGUGCUCUGAGGACCUCAGAGGCAGUUCUCACUUAAAUAAUGAUGAAAUAAUAUCACAAUAGGCUAUGCAUUUAGCUGUUCUGCUGAACAUUUAAGUGACCAGGUUUAAUUUUCUUGCUUCAUUUGGAGAUACUAAACUCACCCCAGCUACUGACACGUCCGGCUGCUUUAACUCAAACCCAAACUCCAUAGAAACAGUGUAAAAGAUUCAGUUUUAAUUCAUUGAACUGACUACGACAUGACAAAUUAAACUGCUAGGGGUCUUAAAAGGUUUGCUUAGUAAUGUUAUUAUUGGUAACAUAAAGGGAGAUAAUUCUGUGCAUGUCCAGGAAAGUGUAAUAUGAGAAGCUGACCAAAACUGUCCACCCAGAUCCUACAUUUGUUUUGGUCUUUUAUCCUUCUAUCUGCCGAAGUCCACGUUGUUUUGGAUUUAUGUCAAAUCCUAAUUAUAGAGUCAUCAUUUUCCUGAAAGGGGCCUUUGAACAGUAAAGACAGUAAAGUUUAAACAAACUUUUAAGGACGAAUUUAACCUGCAGUUUUAUUUAACCAGCACUUUUUUACCAGCAUCAUAAAAAGGGAUGAUUGGGCAUAAUUUUUUUUUUCUUUUACUGUAUCUUAAGUUUAACAUGGUUUCGUUUUUCAUUUCUUUUAUCAAGCCACUUGAAUAUUUUACCAGCUUAGGUAAGACGUACAGAAGUGUUUGACUUGACUGAUUAUACUUCAAAUACUACGUGGGUAGUAUAGAAAUAGUUUCUUUUCACUUUUACUUGAUUUGAUUGAGCUGUUUUAAGUUAUUUUUUAAAAGUGGAAUGUAGAUAUAAAAAGAAAAGCAGCUAUUAUAGAUGCCAAGGACUUUUCUUUUCUUCACGUUCUUCAUUCAGUUAAUCAAAACCUGCCUUGCUGCAUCCACAAUAUAUACAGUAGACAGUAUUCUGGACCGGUACUGUGUUAUAGGCAUGCACUUUACUCUUUAAAAUAUAUACACAGUUCUAAAUGGAGGUUUUCAGACUGUUUGGCAACCCUUUUCAUGCAGACUAAUCCUAGACUGUGGAAUAGUUUCACUGUGCUUUUCGGAUCCAAGUCUAACGUGAGUUAGUGAAAACUUUUCUCAAGAUGUUUGCAAUUCGUCGCCAAACGUAACCGAACUUUUUUUUUUUUUUUUGGGUUGUAGCAUCUCUGCAUCUCUAAUCUGGAAAUAAUAAAAAAAAAAAGCAGUUAUUUUUGUACACGUCCCUUUAAGUGUUAUUCGUUUAAUAAUGCAGUGAAUGUGCCUUAUUAAAACUGGGUCAGAAUGAAUUAAGUCAUACAUCAUGGUUUUUCAGUGAUGAAUAAAAUAAAUAAUGAAAUUGUGCAGUC